AUGGAAAAUCUCUCUACUUUGCUCAUAGUAGCUCUCCUCCUUUGCGCCGCCACGCUAACGUGCACAUCCCGCCCUGAACCGGCCGACUUCGCCUCCAUAACAAUCUCUCCGGCCGAUAUACGUAGUCUGGAAAUGAUAGAAUCAAAACUACAUGAAGUGGCAGACGAGAGCUGCGAGAAAGAUAACGACGAAGAUUGCUUAAUGAGAAAAACAUUGACGGCUAAUCUUGAUUAUAUCUAUACACAGAAGAAUAAUAAUCCUUAG